AUGACUAAAAUAAAUACUUAUUUUAAUAUUACAGAUAAUAGUGGAGUAAAAAAAAUAUUAUGUAUACAAAAUUUAACUAAAAAAACUAAAUUAAUAAACGUAGGAGAUUUAAUUGUAGGAGUUAUUAAAAAAAUUAAUACAACAAGUAAAUUAAUACAUUCUACUAUAGUAUAUGGUAUUGUUAUUAGGUUAAAAAAAAAUAUAUCUAUUAAUAAAAAAUAUAAUAUAUCUUUUAAUGAUAAUGCUGUAGUUUUAGUAGAUAAAAAUUUAAAUCCUAUUGGAUCUCGUAUAUUUGGAUCUGUACCUAAAUAUUUAAAACAAAAAAAUUGUUUAAAAUUACAUUCAUUAACAAUAGAUUUAAUUUAA